CGACCAGUAGUGUUAAGAACUAGCUUGUAAGGCCGACCAACGAUUCGACGAACUUAACAAACCUGUUUCCUUACCGUGGCUAUGCAUAGCUUUGUAGUCGGGACAGCUUGCUUUAAGGAAGGACUAUCAACCUUGUGAGAGGGUUUCACACAAAUGGGAAACGUCCCAGCGUCAUCCGACGGUCCAACGACCGAUGCCAGGUGCACUGUGUACAUCUGGUUCCCCAACGCUGAAUGUGUGGGCCACGGAGCUGUGGAACUGGAUAACGGAACCUACAUCAGUUGGUGGACAAAGAAUGGCAAGGGGUUGACUACUUUAGCCGCUGGAACUGCGGAGCGAACCCUACAAGGGGACAUUGGAGACGAAGGCAGGGAGGCGGACUGUGUUCUGGAGAUACCUCCCCACAUUGUGCUGGACCAGGAUGCUAUGGAAGACUGGUGGGGGAAGUUCAAGGAAUCAGGCUUGUGGAAAUUAAUGACGAACUGUUGUUGGGUGGUCAAAGAAGCUCUUGUUGUUGGUGGGAUUAAGAAGUAUUCAAACAUUGACGGACUGAUCAUCAACAUUGAUAACCCUUCCGACCUUCUGUUUGGCAUGAGCAAGAUUCCUGCAAUUGACACAAAGACUGGGAAACCAUUAUCCAAUGGUGAUGGCUACAUGAAAGGAAAUGUGUUAACUUAUAUGAGGCUUGUGAGGCCUUACCACGUGUUUCCACUGGGCUGGUUUAAGAUAUCUUCUCAGAGCAGAUAAGUGCGUAUCAAAGCUUGACUUCCGUGAAGAAACCAAGAGCAAUGGUGGCAAGAUUGUUUGUUUGUUGUUUAACGCCGCACUCAGCAAUAUUGCAGCUAUGUGACGGCGGUCUGGGAAUAAUUUGGACCAGACAAUCCAGUGAUUGGCAUCAUGAGCACCGAUCCACGCAAUUGGGA